ACUUUAAUUUCUUAAAACCAUAUUAUUUAUUUUUAGUCCACUAGAUGCACACAAAAUAAGAGUAAAGCAAUCAAAGGGAUUGCAUUUCUUAUUUCAUACACCUUUUCUCACCCUCUCCAAGAGUUCAAAUUUAAAACCUCUAACACACAGGUCUCUAAAUGUCAUUAAGAUGCACAUUAAAAAUUUAAAAUCAUAUUUUUAUUCAAAUAACAUUAGUGUAGUUACUAAUAAAAAUGAAGUUAAUCAACUAAACUUUCUAUUUGGGAUUAGAUGAAUUUUAAGAAAUUAAAGUAAAUAUAAUAGAAUUUUACAUUAAGGUUGUGUUUCAAGAGAUAAAUCCUCCCCGCAAACUAUACACUUUGUCUUUAAAUAUAUUAUUCCAGUCAUUGGAAUUACUUCAUUUUUUCCAAAUCUGCAUUCGGGCACUCGUCAUGGCCGGCGGACCCAACCCCCGUAUAUAAUACUUCCAAGGUUACGCAUAAUAGCUUAGGUGUUUUUGUUAAAAGUGAUGCAGACGGCGUCCCAUCGUCCAAAUAAUUUAACUUCAGAAUUGGUUCAUCUUCCCAAAUUGGCGGCGAUAAACAAAUAAAUAAAUAAAAUCAGGACAGAUACAUCCGCCCGCCAUGGCUGAAUUAUUGAACCCCAGCUGCAGAAAGAUCAAUCUAUAAAAUACUGCUCGACUGCCACUGCUUCCCCCACUCACCAGCCAUCUCAACACAAACUACAAACAAAUUAAAACCCUGAGCCCCACUCUAUAAUACAUCAAAGGCGAUUCACCGAUAGAUCGAGAUGGGCGUCACCAGCAUUACCAACGAGUACGCUUCUUCGGUGGCAGCAACAAGGCUGUUCAAGGCCUUGAUCCUUGACGCCCAAAACCUCGUCCCGAAGCUCGUCCCCAACUCUAGCGUUGAAAUCCUCCAUGGAGAUGGAGGCCCCGGAACCACCAUCAAAAUCAACAACCCCGACGGAACUUACGUGAAACCGAGGUUCGAUGCGCUAGACAAGGACAACAAUUCAUGCAAGUACACGUGGAUUGAAGGGGAGCCAUUGAAGGACAACAUUGAGGCUAUUUCUUUUGAGGUGAAGGUGGAGGACUGCAGCCAGGGGGGAGGCAGCGUGGUGAAGACCAAGAUUGAGUUCCACACGACGGGAGAAGCAGGCCCAAAAGAAGAGGAGGUCAAAGCCAACACCGAGAAACUCCUCAUCGUCUACAAGCUUAUUGAAACUUACCUUGUGGAAAAUCCUGCUGCCUACGCCUAAAGCCUUCCCAGUUGUGCUUUUAGCCUGUAUUGAACUUUCUCUUCUCACCCAUUGGCAGUACUGCCUUUGGACUCUGCCGUUUGAUAAUAACUAAGGAGGUAUAGCUAGCAAGAAUCUCAAAGCCACUUUUGUUGUAAUAGGAGCCUCUAAAUGCGUGACAAGUUUCUUGAAGGCAAAAUCAUGAAAUAAAUUUAAGUUUUAAAGGAGGAUGAA